AUGUAAUUCCUAACCAAGUGUUACUUAGCUUAAUAUUCAUUCAAUCAAAACGUACUAUAAGAAAUAAAAGAUAGAUUAGAAUGUAUUUAUGAUCUAAAUUCAUAUUAUCAAAACUCAACAUAAAUCAUUACAUUAGAUAAUGAUCCUACAUCCAAAGAAAUCAGUCAAUUAUUCUCCAUUUAUACAUUCUAGUCAAACAAUCCUUAUAUUGGAAUAAUUUCAUAAGGUAAUGAAAACGAUUUCAUUCUUGAAUUAAAACAAAUGUAAAAAAAAUCAUGUCCAAAGUAAUAAAAAUAUUUUAAAUUUAGAAUCUGUUAAAACAAUGGUAGAUGUUUAAAUGGAUUUUGUGAAUGUCCAUUUUCUUAUUUAGGACGCGAUUGUAGUAUAUAGAUUAAAGAUAUAGAAAAUUAAAUCUCUUUAGAACCAAAAUAAUAAUAUUUUUUUCAUAUUAAAUCUUUCAAUAUUUCUAAAUUUGAAAGAUAAUUAGAAAGCUCCAUUGAUAUAAAAUAUACAUGUUAGCAUCAAUACUAAAUUUAUUUUUCUGGAGUGCAAAUUACAACUAAUUUAAUUAUUUUAAAUUAAGCAUUACUAUAAUCCUGUUUAAUGAAAACUAAUGAAUUACAAGAAUAACUUCCUAUUUAAUUAUACUCUUAUAUUAUUGUUGAAUAGACUUCACCGGCUUCGGUAAAGAUUACAACUUUAGAAAAGCACUAUAUUUUCUAAAAUUUAAUUGUUGUUUUUUUUGCUCUACUUAUAAUAACUUUAUUUAGUAUGCUUUAUUUAUUUUAUCAUCAUAAAAAUCCAAAAGAUUUAAAAGCAUUAAGAGUAGUCCCAAUUAUUAAAUUUUCUUUAGCUCUUGAAUAAUUAGAAUAAUCAGAUAUGGAGUGCGCUUUAUGUAUGAAAGAACUUUAAUAAAAUCAAUCUGUCAGAGUAACUUAUUGCAAUCAUCUCUACCAUGAUUUUUGUUUUAAAAUUUGGUGGACAAAUAACAAAGUAAAAUUAUAGGUUAGAAUGUUUAGAGCUGCCCUCGUUGCAGAUCUCCCUUAGAUUUAGAGACUAUGAGAAAAAAUUAAAAAACAGAUAUCUUACAAUAAUCAACUUUUUCAAAUUUAUAAAGCAAUAGAAAAAAAAAUUUAGUUACAUUUGUUGAUACAGGUUCAACCAUCAGGCAUAUGCCUAUCCAAUAAAAAUUAGAAUUGUAAAUUAAAUGA